AUGUUGAAACCUCCCCAGCAGAAGAGACCGCUGGAGCGCCAGGAUUACCGUAGCCCGACGGUUGGUACAUUUGCACAUUUAGCACCUAGGAUUUACAUGGCAAGUAGCGAAAGCGCCAGUCCAGUGUCUGACAAACUUGCUCCAGCACGCAUGCGCGUUUGGGCUAUCCCAAUAUAUGUGUAUCGAAGUUUCAGGCACGAUGACACGCGUGUAAUGCGGCGAUUGCCCGUGAUCAAACAUUCUACACUUCAACGCCAUGGCAGGAGACACCAGAGGAACCAGGCGUUGCUAACGUUGUGGAAGGACGACGUGCAGGAGAACAUGAUGGAGCAGAGCGAAGAGUACCGCCCAGUCUGUGAAAUGUGUCGUCUUCUCGGCAUUCUUCGGAUCUUAAGGUAA